GACGCGGUGCACCUGUGUGGAAGGGGGCGGGGGGGGCUUCCUGCCGGAGACCCCGCCAUAAACGGCUUGACCGGGGGACCCAGAACAGCGAAGAGAUUUUUCCCUUCUGCACUUGACGGCACAAAGAAAGGGCCACCAUGCCAACUGUUGUGGUCAUGGAUGUGUCCCUCUCCAUGACCCGGCCGGUCUCCAUCGAAGGCUCCGAAGAAUAUCAGCGGAAGCAUUUAGCGGCCCAUGGUCUGACCAUGCUUUUUGAGCACAUGGCUACCAACUACAAAUUGGAGUUUACCGCCUUGAUUGUGUUUUCAUCUCUCUGGGAGCUGAUGGUCCCCUUCACAAGAGACUACAACACUCUCCAGGAAGCCUUGAGUAACAUAGACGACUACGACAAAACCUGCUUGGAGUCGGCCCUGCUGGGCGUUUGCAGCAUCGUGCAGCAGGAGUGGGGCGCUGCCAUCCCUUGCCAGGUUGUCCUGGUCACCGACGGCAGCUUGGGCAUUGGGAGGGGCUCCCUCCGCCACUCCCUGUCCACGCUCAGCCAGCGGAGUGAAAGCAACCAGUUCCCGCUGCCUUUCCCGUUUCCAUCCAAGCUUUACGUCAUGUGCAUGGCGAACCUCGAAGAGCUCCAGAGCUCCGAUUCUCUAGACCACCUUGAACGGCUCAUUGACUUAAAUAAUGGAGAGGGGCAGAUUUUUACCAUCGAUGGGCCCCUUUGCUUGAAAAACGUACAGUCGAUGUUUGGACCCGAAUGGUACGGAAUGCUCUAUUCUCAAGCCGAUAGCAAGAAAAAGUCCAACCUAAUGAUGUCUCUCUUUGAGCCAGGACUGGAGCCCCUUCCUUGGCUAGGCAAGAUGGCCCAACUUGGUCCCAUCUCAGAUGCGAAAGAGAACCCCUAUGGGGAAGAUGACAACAAGAGCCCCUUCCCUUUGCAGCCCAAGAACAAGCGAAGCUACGCUCAGAAUGUCACAGUGUGGAUUAAACCAAACGGCCUGCAGACGGAUGUACAGAAGAUACUCAGGAAUGCAAGAAAACUCCCUGAGAAAACACUGACCUUCUAUAAGGAACUGAACCGCCUGCGGAAGGCCGCCUUAGCCUUCGGGUUCUUGGACCUGCUGAAAGGGGUGGCGGAUAUCCUGGAGAGAGAAUGCACCCUCCUGCCUGACACGGCACACCCCGACGCAGCCUUCCAGCUCACCCACGCAGCCCAGCAGCUCAAAAUGGCGAGCUCCGGAUCUUCCGAGUAUGCAACUUACGACCAUAACAUCACACCGCUGCAGACGGACUUCUCUGGCAGUGGGACGGAGCGGAUGUGAGCAGCUCCUGGGCAGAGACUCUCUGGACAAUUCACGUUCUAGAACAGGGGUAUCAAACUCUGUUUGAUUGAGGGCCGCAUCAGGGCUGUGGUUGACCUGAGGGGGGGUAUUGGGGCGUGGCCGACUGGGUGGGCAUGGCCAGCUUGACGCCACUCCCCAAACUGCUGGCAUGUUUCAUCUUUGGGUUGGGUAGACGGGGAUGAAGCGACGCUGGCCGGUCCCUUACAUUUUCCAGACAGCCCGCGUUCCUUGUUUGACACCCCUGUUCUAUAAAAUGUCGAGACUGCUUUCCUCACCCAGAUUGGGCUUUUAUUAAACCUCCUCCCUUUGUA